AUGCUCUAUUUGCUGCGGGCGCGUGCAGCUCUUAGUUCGACUGCCGCGGCGUCGGCGUCGUCCAAGGCUUCUGCGUUUGUCUUGAGAGUUCUCAAGUCUUGUUCCCAUACUAUACAUUACUAUUUCAGAAGUUUCAGCAGUGCAGCUGCCUUUGAUCAGGUUUUUGCCGAGUGCGGGAGACAAGGAGGUGCUUCUGACUCCAGGGGUCACAGAUCAUUGAGCCUUGAGAUGAGAACAAUUGAGGCAGCGGCCGGUUUGGCCGAGUUCGUUUCGGGCGGCCGAAAGGCCCUGUGGGUCACGGCAUGCACAGUUCGAAUCACAGCUCUUGAAGUCAAAAGUCAAGCAGAACUUCUUGGGGAAUGCCCUCGAGCCCUGCAGAUCCCCAUCGACACCUACUUCAUAGACAGCAAGAGUGCUGCCUUUCUACAGGCCUUUGGAAGCAGACCCAAGGCUGACCGAAGGAGGUUGCAAAGAGCCGUGGGCCCUGGACAGGCAGCUCCAGAUGGCAAGCAGCUUUGCGAGCUUCAGCCUCAAAGAACUUCGAGAAAGCCCGUGUUCAUCUUGCCACCUUUAAAGAAUGGCACCGGCUCAGGAACUUGA